UUCUGUUUUUGAUUUUCAUGUGUCUUAUUCAGUAAGUAGAUAAGUGUGUGAUGAAAAAGUGCAUUAAGUUGUAGGCUAAGCUUUAAUUUCAAUAUUAUUGCAAUGUAAGCAACUAAGGUUUUCCAUUUCUUGUUGGCAUUGCAGAUAGCCAACGAAUAAUUUUCUUAAAUCUUUUCAUUGAUUUUGAACCAAUUUGGAAUACUGUCUCUGGAUUCAUCUUACCCACUUUAAUCUCUUAUUUUCAUUUUGCACCAUUUUGGAAAUUAAUGCUCUCUCUGGACUUCACGAUUUACAUUGCAGGUUUGCCUAAUGUUGCAAUCACUGCAGAAACCACUUCAGUCUAUAACCGAGAUCUCGCUGAGAAAGAGAAUUGAAACAUCAUAGACCGGGUUAUCAGGUUGUGGUUUGUCUCAGAGUUUACUAAACAGAGAUCUCCAUUUUCAAUGGAGUUAGUGUUACAGGACAUUCAGAUAAUAUAAUCCAUCACACUCUUGGUUCAUUUAUAUAAUUCUAUAACAACUUACCUUAUUUAAAAUUCUGAAUGCAGGGUGUGAGAAUCCAUCCCUCGAUUAGAAAGAUUACUUAUUUACAAAUUCCAAUCUCAAAUUUCUAAGAACAAGGUUUCCUGUAUUCAAUCCUUCAGUGUUGCAUCUAAUGCUGGGUCUUAUAGAACCAUGCUUACAAGCCCCAAAUACAUCUCUUUGUCUACUCCUGGGUUUGACACGGACUAUUUAGUAGAUGUCAUGGGAGUUCUUACCCGAGUUGGAACUGAGAGGGAGUUGGAUAAAAAAUGGAAAAAUAACUUAGUUGAAUCUCAUCUCACCCGAGUUGGAACUGAGGAGCUGGAAAAAAAAUGGAAAAAUGACCAAGUUGAAUCUCAUCUCAGUAGAAGCUUAUGGGGUUCGAAUAGAAUGCACUCUAUUUGAUACUAUGUUGUUGAUCAACUAAAUGCAUUUCUUGGAGCUGCUAAAAUUCAGCAUAUGGCUUUGCAAAGUCAAGGUCUUUCAAGCUACAUAGUUUCAAGGGGACGACAGAACCGAUUCUCGAGAAUCGAUUCCGAGCGCUGGUGACCUUUGAGAAUAGAUUCUUCAGCGAAGACGACCGGUUAUGGAUUGCUUAGAAUCGAUUCCCGUGGCCACUGAACUGAAUGGAGAACAGAUUCUCCUUGUUAUGUAAUCGAUUCUAGGGUGGAGCAUUGGAGAUCCCGUCGUGGUGGUGGUGGUGGUGGUGCUGUCCUCGGUGGUUUGUGUGAAUUUGGUCCAUUGUUGGGGUGGCUGGCCGUGGUGGUGUGCUGUUGUCGUUGGUGGUCUGCUCCGGUCAGCUCGUGUCGGUGCGUUGCGGAUCGUGGUGGUUCACCUUCACUCUGUUUAGGUUUUGAUCUUCAAGAGUAAUGACUUCAUCUUUAUCGACUAAAAGACAGAGAAGUGGAAAGCAAAGGAGAGAAAAAGCUUUGGCCAUUGAACCUGCACUUCCUACUAGAAGGCUACCCUCAAUCGAAGAAGUUUUAAAUCAAACACGGUUUUUUGGCGAGCAUGAUCAUAUGAUUCAGUAUGGGAAGGCAUUUUACAAGAGGAAAAUCCUAACACCAAAGAUAAUGAAUUUUCCUUUCUUUGCACAAUCAGGUUUGUACUUUCACCAUCAUCUUCAAUUUCAAGGUUUGGAGGAAUUUGUAUCUAUGGAAUGUCCAUACUUUGAAGAUCUCAUAAGGGUAUUUUAUUCCAACCUGAGAGUAGAAAAUGGUUACCUCUAUACUGAGGUUAAUAAGACAAAAAUUGAAAUGAAACCUGCUGAUUGGUUCACUAUAGCUCAUCUGAAGUAUCAAGGUCAGCAACUCUCAUUUCCUACCAUACCUGAUGACCUACCAUACAACCGUGAUAUGGCAUUCAGUGACAUGAUCAGACCAGAAUUGCAGGGUCAAAAUGUAAAGACUGUAGGUGCCAUGAAUGUUAAUGACAGACUUCUGCAUUAUGUAUUAGUGCAUAUCUUAAGUCCUAGAGCUACCAACUUUGCAAAAAUAAUGCAUGAAGACACUUUUAUGUUAUGGGCCAUGAAAAAUAACAUUUUGAUUAAUUGGCCUCAUCACAUCAUGCAACAUAUGAUCAAAUGUAAGGACAAUAAGAUGCCUCUUCCAUAUGGUAUUUUGAUUACUCAGAUCAUGGGUUAUUAUGGUGUCGAUUUAACUAUCGAUUCAUCUACCGUACUAGGUUGGACACACUACUUUGGUACAAGAUCCUUGAAAAAAUUAAAUAUUGUUAAUGUUAAUGGUGUAUGGCACCAUGGUGGAGCUAAUGAGGAUGAAGAACACCAACCUGAAGAAGAAGAUAUUGAGCAUGAAGAAACAUCAGUACCUGAUCACCAUGUUGAAGACAGUAAACCACAACCUCUGAUCCAGCAUGAUGCUCAAAUGCUUUCACAAAUCUGGGGAGGUAUUCAACAUCUGCAAGAAGGAUUAGCUAAUUUGAAUUUAACUGUCACCAGAGGUUUUGAUAGGGUCACUGAAAGAAUUAACAGUUUGGAAGAAAGAUUUGACACCUUUCAGGACUCUUUCAAAUAGAUGAUAUUAUUGUUUUUAUUUAUUUAUUUUAUUUCGAUUAUUGUAACUUAAGUAUGUUUUUUACUUUUUUUUAUCUCAUGUUCGUAUACAUUCGGUUAUAUCAAUUUUGUAUAUUUUUUCUUAACAUUUUCAA